UAAACCGGAUUGCUGGGGUCAACGUGGCCUUCCCAAGCAUUGCUUCGUGCAGCUGCAAGUCUGCAACAGAACAUGUUUGCUUAGUUUUGCUCGCAAGCCGAAUCUUUUGUUGAUUUCUGACUAUCUGAUCCCCUCAAUCACUUCGUCAAUAUGUUGUGAUUCUAUUCUCAACAGUCAACAGUUUUGUUAACUAUUAUCAGAAGACUUGGCAACAAAUGUCGUCCUGGCUGAGAUCUGUAGUGAGUUAUGCUGACUCCGUCGUUCAACACGCCGGCCAAGCUGUUGCCGAGGGCGCCAAAAUCCUGGAAGAUAGCAUUGCUGGUCAAAAUUUUAAAAGUGUCAAGAAGACAGUUGAGAGAUUGGAAGAAGCUGCUAUUUACUAUCAGGGCCCUGAAAGAGUACAGUUGCUAAGAAGAUGGUUAGCUUUGCUUAAAGAGAUUGAGGAAAUGUCUAUGACUUUGGCUGAAGAUAAAGAGAAGACCCUUGAGCGGCACUUUGCAGUUGACAAAGCCAAGGAGAAUUUGAGGAAACCAUCUAUGGUUUUGUAUUAUGAUGCUGAUGUUGGAGGUGAACCAUUAAAUUUCCGAGAUAUUUUUGUUCAAAGUCAGGCUUUGGAGGGUGUUACAUUAUCAAUGAUUCUUAAAGUUCCUAAUGAGGAAGAGGUUUCUGUUCUCCUAGAGAUCUUUAGGCUUUGUCUUGCUGGGGGAAAAGAUGCUCAUAAUGCCAUAGUUAGAAGCAUUCAAAAUCUAGCAACAACAUUUUCAAACUAUCAAGAUGAAGUAUUGAUGAAGCGGGAGGAAUUGCUUCAGUUUGCACAAGGUGCCAUUACUGGGUUGAAAAUCAAUGCUGAUAUUGCAAGAAUAGAUGCUGAAUCCUCUAAACUUAGGAGAAAGCUUAUCCAGAUGGAAACUUCACAGCUACCUUCAAAUGAAGGGCACAAGGCAGCUGAAGAAACGAUAAAGGCAUCAAAAGUUGCCCUUUCUCAGAUUCGAAUUUGUUCCAGACUUGAAGAACUAUUGCAGAAGAAAAAAGUAUUUCACGUUGGAGAAUCUCCAGAGAUUUAUUCCCAAAAGGUUGACAAGUUGAAGGUGCUGUUGGAAUCUCUAGCCAUAUCUACUGCAAAAGCUGAAAAGCGUAUUUCAGAUAACAGACUACAAAAAGAGGAGGCAUUAAAAGUUCGUGAGUCCAAAGCCAUCGAAGCUAAUGGAAAAGAAAAGGAAAUAGCUGCUGAGAUCUUAGAGCUCCAACGGAGAAAAGAUGAUCUUGAAGCUGAAUUGAAAAAGGUUAAUACUUCUUUGGCUGCUGCUCAAGCGCGAUUAUUGGAUGCAAGAGAGGAGAAGGACCAAUUUGAAGAAGCAAACAGUCAAAUAAUUGAACAUUUGAAAACAAAGGAAGAUGAACUUUCAAAAUCAAUUACCUCAUGUAAGUUAGAAGCAAAUGUUCUGAAAAUCUGGAUUAGAUUUCUUGAAGAUAGUUGGGAUUUCCAGCGAUCAAAUGCAGAAAUUAAUGAGAAGCAGGUCAAUGGUGAACUGGAGAGGCACAGGGACUAUUUCGUAAACUUGGCCAUUCAACUUCUUACUGCUUACAAGAAAGAAUUGGAGCCUUGGGUCACCCGUAUUGGGACUUUUGUGGAGAACCUGAAAAAUUUAAGUCACGGCAGGUCAGAGAUGCCAUCCCAUGCAGUUAAUGAGGAUUCUAAUCUAUUAAGUCCAAGGAAAAGUCUUGAGCAGGAAUAUUUGGCUUAUGAAACUAAGAUUAUAACCACCUUCAGUGUAGUGGAUAGCAUGAAACGGUAUUUUGAUGCUCAGCAGGGAAAAAGUUCCAGGAAUGAUGAAGAACAUGUUAGAGAGCUUUUUGAUGCUAUCAAAAAGUUAAGGUCACAAUUUGAUUCUAUUGAGAGGCCCUAUUUAGAAAUCGAGAGCCUAGGUGGCAAGGCCGAAAUGUCGCCUCAAAGGAAACAGCAGGACAGGACAUUAGCUACAGCUCAAGUUACUGAGCUUCCAAACACACAGAAAGAUGAAGAGCCAAAAUCAACUGCAGCCAAGGAUGAUCAGGAUCAGAACCAUGAAGCUGAAUUGACAAAGCUGGAAUCUGAGUCUGGAAAGCUUGAUCAAGAUUUCUCAACAGAGGAAAUUGGUGGGUGGGAUUUUGAUGAGCUUGAAAAAGAAUUGGAGCAUGCUAAUUCAGCUUCCAGAAGUUAGGUCUAUGAUCUAUCUAUUCCAAAUUCAUGCUUGCUGCGGAUUCAUGAAGCACUGGUGCUUCAAGAUCAGAGUUAUAGUAUGUCUGUCUGAUACAUGACUUCAACUUUUAUAAUUGUGUUUUAACAUUACAUGUUUUGUGGUUUCACCAUCUUGGUACUGUGUCAUGUUCUGUAUAUCCUUAGUUGCUAAUUUAGUAAUGUAACGAGGUCAUGGAUGAUACAAGAUGAAAAUGUAAAGCUGUAGCUAAACCAUCAAUGGAGCUGCUGGAUCAAAUUGUUACGGCAUUUGUAAAUAGUGUAAGUAGGAUACUCACAAAAUAGUCACA